UUGAGAGUGAAGUGUUCAUUUUUAGCAUUCCUUGUCCAAUUGGCUUAACAUUGAAUUAGAAGGGAGUUUGAACAAAACUAGGUGCUGAUCACUUCGGGGCCAGUAUCUCCAAGAUAAAGGGGCAAAGCGUGUGGAAAGGGCCAUCAGCUUUUCGCAAAUUCAAAUCCAGCAGCUGCAUACAUCUCAAAGGAGCUUAUCAGAGAAAAAAGGGAAAUACAAGCAAUUUUGCCGAACAUCAGACCUCUGGAUUUUUGAUUCUACUUUUGAAAUACAAAACACUUGAAAGAAGUUAUCAGGCCUGUGCAUCUAAUGAAUAGAUCCAUUUUAUGAGAGGCCUGACAUCUAACGGUGGCUGGAGACAAGAAUUGUGUCAAACAGAAAUUCAACUGUUCCCCGGUAUCCAUUAUCUUUGCUGGAAUUUCUUGCUACAAGCUAAGGAUGUUGACCAUACUGCUACUGAUGGUGCUGCUGAUCAGAGUUGGAUGGGCUCAGGAGAUUGAUUCAGCUGUAUCAUUUACGCAGUGUUCUGAUGGAUAUCGUUUGGACCGUUCAACUGGACAAUGCAGAGAUAUUAAUGAGUGCCAAACCAUCCCGGAUGCCUGUAAAGGGGACAUGAGAUGCAUCAAUCACAAUGGAGGAUACUUGUGCUUGCCAAGGACUGCUGCACUCGUCCUGGCAAAUGGACCAUCUAAUCCCACAUACCCUGCAUCUUCAUCGACAGGGCGUUCUGAAACUUCAGUCUACCAACCAGCCUCAAUACCCAGGUAUCCUAUUCCACCGAGAUCUCUGGUCUGUCGUUUUGGCUACACCCUGGAUGAGAAUAACAACUGUGUGGAUAUAGAUGAAUGUACAUCAGGAACCCACCAAUGUAACCCUUCACAGAUCUGCAUAAACACUGAGGGAGGCUACAGUUGUUCCUGCACUGAGGGUUAUUGGUUAGUAGAGGGACAGUGUAUGGACAUUGAUGAAUGUCGACAUGGAUACUGUCAGCAGCUGUGCGCCAAUAUCGCUGGUUCCUACUCCUGCCAGUGUAAUGCUGGAUUCCUACUGAACCCUGAUGGGAGGUCAUGUCAAGAUGUUGAUGAAUGCGCCGGAGAGAAUCCUUGUAGCCAACAUUGCAUCAACACCUAUGGUUCCUUCCUUUGUCGCUGCGAUACUGGAUAUGAGUUAAAUUCAGACGGAACAGGCUGUGAGGAUAUCAAUGAGUGCAGUUUCUCAGAUUUCCUCUGCCAGCACCGAUGCAUCAAUGAGCCAGGCGAUUACUUCUGUACCUGUCCUGAGGGCUACACUAUGUACAAUGACAACAGGAGUUGUCAAGAUAUUAAUGAGUGUGAGGCUGCAAAUCACACAUGUACAGAAGAACAAAACUGCUACAACAUUCCAGGAGGAUACAAAUGUCUACAGCCAGUGAAAUGUCAAGACCCUUAUAUACAGUUGAAUGAAAAUCGUUGUAUGUGUCAUGGAGAGAAUCCAGGCUGCACAGAACAGCCAUUCACCAUUUUGUACAAGUAUAUGGACAUUGUGUCAGGAAGGAAUGUGCCCUCGGAUAUUUUCCAAAUGCAGGCCACGACUCGCUACCCAGGUGCCUACUACAUCUUCCAGAUCAAAUCUGGGAAUGAAGGCAGGGAGUUCUACAUGAGGCAAACGGGGCCUGUCAGUGCCACCUUGGUGAUGACCCGCCCAGUCAGCGGACCACGGGAAAUUGUACUGGAUUUGGAAAUGGUCACUGUGAAUACUGUCAUCAACUUCCGAGGGAGCUCAGUGAUCAGGCUGACUAUCUUUGUAUCUGAAUACACAUUUUAAACCCUGAUUUUCCGGGGGUCGCUGGGGUCCAACAUUUAACAGGUUAUUCAGCUACAUUUGUUUUAGUGAGUGAAUGAUUCAUUUAUUCCGUUAAGACAGAAGGAUGCUUUUUAUAAUGCAUUACAACUGUGUAGACUCUUAAUUCUGUCUGCUUCUUUUUUUUCCUGGCAUGGACAGAGAUAUUUGUAUGACAGCCCAUAAACAAAGAUGUAAAGUCUUGAAGCUGCAGUAUAUUCAGUAAGGCAUUGUGAUGUUCUUAGUCCUUGUUUGGAACAGUAUAUUCAGGAAGAGUGACCGUACAUGAAGAGUUAGGGGGAAACAAAAAAGGCAGAUAUUUUCACUUCAGGAAAUGAAUGAUGCUGACAAGGCCACAUUAAUCUUAAAGCUCAGAGAAGAUGAUGAUAAACCUUUUCUUUGAACUGUUGCAAGUCUUACAGUAAAAGUACAAUCCUGAUAUUGUCAGGUGGGAGAUUCGAGGAUUUUGACACAACAGCAAUGAAAUAAUGGUAAUUUAUAGAUGGAUGUUAAUCAUUGCAAACAGUUCAGAGCAGAUUUACUAGACCAAUACUUGGAAUGAGUGGAUUGCCUUAUAAGGAAAGGCUAGAGACACUAGGUCUGUGUCCUGUGGAGUUCAGAAGAGUCAGAGGUAACUUAAUUGAAACAUAUAAGAUCCUGAGGGGACUUAAUUGGGUGUAUGUUGAAAGGAUGUUUCCUCUUGUAAGGGAAACUCAAACUAGGGUUCAUAUUUUAAAAAUAAAGGGUCAUCCAUUUAAGACAAGAUGAAACAUUCCUUUUGCUCACUUGGUUCCUCAAAUGGUGCAGAAUCUUUAAAUAUUUUUAAGGCAGAGUUAGACAGAUCCUUGAUGACCAAGGGGACAAAACAUUAUUAUGCAGGAAUGUAGCGUCAAGGUCAGACCAGCCCCGAUCUUAUUGAAUGGUGGAGCAGGCUGAAAGGGCUGAGUGGCCUACUCUUGUUCCUUGUUUGUAUUUGUCCAGGAGUGUAUGAUUUUAAGGAGGACUUAAAGUGAUGGUAAACCCAUUACAUUGGUAUUCGUUUCCCUUUGAGUAGGAGUUGACACAUUUCCUCGUAGGGAUCAAUUCAGGGCUCUGGACUGAGAAGAAGAGAAGGAUAAUUACCAAUAAUCUGUGAAAGCGUACUCCUUGAAUUGUCACCCCUCUUAACAUUCCAUCACCAUGCUUGGUCCUGAAGCAUAACCUACAAAAUGCUGACUUUAGCUACAGCUGGAGGCUGUUUUGUCAAAUCCUAUGCUUUCAUUACACAUUUAAACAAUUGUGCUUCCUAAAACAGUACAUUGCAAUGUUUUAUACAUUCUUAGAGUCAUAGCCAUAGAGUGAUAUAGCUUGGAAACAGACCCUUCGGUCCAACCAGCCCAUGCCGAACAU